AUGGGUUUGUUUGAUAGAAUAUCUGGGUUUGUUACGGCGGGGAUAAAGGCGGCCCGAACAACUUUCUCGGGGGCUGCAACUAGGGGCAUCGGGAAUUUGGCAGACAGUGCCUUGGAGGGCCUCGACGUAGCAACUAUCAAAGAUGCGCUGGAGACACCAAGUGUGCAGGAGCUUGUGGACAGCGUCAUUCAGACGGUUAUGUGGCACGUGUGGAUAUCAUAUGUUAUUCCAAUGAUGUUGAUUAUGACUUUCUUUUUCGCCUUAUUUUUCGCUGCGUUCGUAUAUGGAUGGCUGAAUAGGUGCUCGGCAGGAUUCAUGAGGUUUUUCACAAUGAUUGCGGAAAUGAUAAUGUACGGUUACUGGAAAUCAAAAAAAUCGGUAGAUGCAUUUUGGGCUGAUUACAGUGAAAUUGACGAUUCUGGCCUCCUCUCCAAAUUUAGAGGCCACAGAUACCUGCCUGCGGCAUACGCUAAGUGCAAGCUUCGUUGA